UCAGUGUGUAUACAAGCCUUCAAAGUGGGAUUCAGCACCUUGUUGGUCUCGAUCGUUUUCAGUUGCAUGUUGUAAUGUUUUGUCUAUAAGAGGGUUUAAUAAAAACUCGUGUAGAGGCAUAGAGUGAGAAGGUAGAAUGAAAUCAGCAUUGAUGUUUGCAAAUCAAUGUGAGGAAAUUGUCUGAAACUGGCACACUUAACACUAACAGCACGCCGAACUGCCUAAAACAUACAGUAUUCAAUUAUGGGUUCAUCGCAAGAUGCAGUGCCUUUUCCUUACAUAAAAGCUACUCAGUAUGAGGCUCUGAAAGCGAGACGUAAAUGUCUCAGUAGACUACCAUCACCCCUAAUUUUCAUGUGGCGGCUUUUCCGUUGGCAGCACAAGUGGCUCAACGCAGGAAAAAUCCUUUCUAAUAGUGCAGUUGAAAGCUUGGCCAUGAAUUCUUUUCAAGCUGCAUAUUUCAAGUACGUUACAAAUUAGAUCAGCAGAAACUGAGCGAUGGCUCUGCACAUUGGCAGACUUAAAAAGUAGUUGGCAGCAACCAUGACUAAAGAGCAAGAGUCUGCUGCUCUUGCUCUGAUGAACAUUGGAUAAUGCAAAUUGGCCCAAGUCCACCAAUCGACACCUUUGCACGGAUCGAAGCAUCCAUGAUGUCUCGUUCUUGCUGAUAUCCUUGCUGAGUAAAUGGCAAAUCACAAGACUUCAGUGUGUGUUUUAAUGUAUUCAACGAUUAUCAACAUAUAUGUUGUAGUUUAUUUUUUAUUUCAGGUAAUUUUUAUUUUUCUUUUCCUUUAACUUCAUUAGCAUACAUUAGUAUUUACCAUACCCAAAAACAGAAGAAAAACAAAAAUUACUUGAGAUAAAAAAUUAUCAACAACGUAAGCAGGGGCACCGAACGGCAAUUUUCGGGAAAAUAUCUGUUCGGAAGAUGAUUUGAGAUCUAGAAUUUUCGGAUUAUUUGUUGUAAAAUUUCUUUCUUGCCUGCCUCUCCUAGGAUUUUCGAACAUCUUAAAAAUGGUAUAAUUGCCCAUUUUUUAACGGAUUUUGACCCUAAAAGAGGCCACCUAGAAUUUUCGGGAGCCUUUUCCUGGCUGAAAUUUUCGAGAAGGUAAGUUUUUAUCCCUAUAAUUUUCGGAUGACUAGACUUUCAGCUAGGAAAUCCGAACAGAUGAAAAGUUUUUAGGGGAUAAAAAUAUGCCUAUAUCUACCGUUUGAAUACUAAAAUACGUUCAACAAUGCUAUGUUAAGAGGUUUUGAACUAUAUCCUCGUUGGGUGCCCCUGCGUAAGUCCAUCACACUAUCUCUUCAAAUAAAAUUUUCCAUGGGAGAAUGCCUUAUACCAGGAGCCCAUGACCCAUAGGCUCCUGCUUAUGCCCCAUGCCCUCCAAAGCUUGAUUUUCAAUCUAGAAAAAAUAUCACAGUAGAAACCCUUCUAUGCAAAAAUGUUUGCUACGCCCCUGAGGUUGACAAUGUUAGUUUUGCAAUGACAUCAGAAAAAUCAACCAAAAAAGUGUGAUGCAUAUCCAGAUUUUUUGUUCUGUUUAUUAAAUCUGUUUAAUGUUUUUUUGUAUUUACUAACUCUUGUCAUCAUUGUUGUGGGUUCUCUGGCUCCUAUCAGUGUUGCCAUGUAAAACAAUUCUUGAUAUGCAAGUAAAAAUUUUAUUGAAAAAUUAACUGACAAAUGAAAAACACCUGAAGAAAGUGAUGUCUGCAGUCUGUACCCAUAUAGGGACUCACUCACUCUAGUCCGUGUCAUGUUGGGGGGGAGGGAGGGAGUGUAAAAAUUGGCAAGUAGUUAUCUACAUUAUACACUUCCACUGGAGAAUAAGACUGAAGAAACGUCUGUGAAAGUGAAUAUUUUACUUCACCCUCAAGGUUUUACAGAUACACUAAUGCAACAAGAAAAUAAUUAACACAAAUCCAUGCAAUCAAGCUUUUUAUUUAUAUCUCAGCAGUGUCUCAGCAAUAUAGAGCUUGGUCCAUAAAGGAAAUAAAUUUUACUAGAGAAGCACAAAUUUCCUGUAGAUAAUUAUAUUUAUCGUUUCUUUCUUCUUUUUCUACUCUUUAAAGAUGGACACUUCACAUUUCAGUGCACUUUACAUAAGAAUGGUACAAUAUGGUUCGCAUACAAAGAGGUAAAUUAUGACUCAUCCUCCAUAGCAGUUGUCUUAGUAAAUUAGGGAAAAUUACUGUUUCCUUGAAUCAUCAUUGAAGCUUAUGGAUGUCCAGAUUAAACCUGAGUUUUGUUUUUAGCGAUUAUAGAAAGGGAAAAAUAGAACAGUAAACCUUAUAAAUAGCUGAAUGCCUAGCUCCUAUAGACAUUAGGACUUUAACUGAACCCCAGUGAGGUGAAAACAUGAAUUAAGCACCCAACUUAAAAGAUUAUUCUUAAUCUGCUAAUAAUUAGAUGAAAUUCAAUUUAUUUUUAAAAUUUCUCACAUCGUUUGAAAUAUGGAAGCUCAUUGACCUGUGGGAGUGUGUUGAUGACUCAUAAUGCACGAAUUUCAUGCAUACUUACAUGUAACAUAAGACUAUAAUUUUAUCUUUUCAUUUACAUAUGGACCUUCCUACUAUAAAAGCCUAUUUGAAGUUUCUCAGAUUUUUUAAUGCCGUUAUUUGGCCAUAAGGCAUACAUUCUUUUGAAAUUUGCUGUAGCUGUUGUUGUUUAAUUGUCACUCUCUUGAAACAAUACGAGCCAAUUCUGCUUAACUGUUAAAGUUAACUACAGUCAACUCCCGGUAACUCAAACCCUCUAUAACUUGAACCUCCCACUAACUCGAAACAAUUUUCAUUUCCGUUCAGAUAGUUUUCUGUAUAAUUUUACCCUCAAUACCUCAAACUUUUUUCUAUUUCCCUUGAAGGUUCCAAUUAUCGGGAGCUGACUGUAUGUUUUAUGACUGUUAUGACUGUUUCACAUUAUUGUGGGUCCAUAAUUGUCAUGUUACAUUUACUUAUCGCACAUAUUAAGUAUUUCUAUUCAUAAUAUCACGGUGGUUAGCUCGAAAGCUAGGCUCCUCUGACCACCAUACACUUCUAUCAAAGCCAUUAAUUUUUUCUUUUUUUUUUUCCCUCUUGUUUGUUACUUUAUUCCUUGUCGUUACUAUUAUACAAUGUAAAUGUUGUAGAUAACUAACUAAACUGAACUGAAUUAAAAACCAUUGCAGUUUGACUAUUAUUAAAUCAGCAAAUAAACACACCUAUAUAACUGGAAACAGAUUGUGAAAGUCAAAUAGUUACGUCAACAAAUAAUUGAGGAGUGAUGAAAAUUGAGCAGUGUUUUGUUAUAGCUAAUGUAUCGGUCAAAUCGAAGCUUCAACAUCCCCCAGGUAGGGGGGAAUUUGAACAAUAAUUUUCAAAAAGUCAAAUGCCCGGGGGUUUGCCCGGGGGGGAUGUUGAAGCUUCGAUUUGACCGAUACAUAACCAUAGUGACUAUGUUACAGAUCCCAGUUAAUGUGUCAAGCAUUCCUGAUGUACGAUACCACCCCGUGAGAGUAGGCAUAUCCGAUGCAUUUGUAAGAUAUUACCGACAUUUAGGGAGGCCUGGAAUCAUCUACCGAGUCUUUCAUAUAUACAGUCAAGUGAAUAUUACCAAGAACAGUGUUGUCAAUGGAUCAGCAGUGGUGUUCCACCCUCAAACAAGUUUGUUCUUUUUAAAAGUUUUAUUACUGUAAUCUAAUAAUUUUUAGCUGUGAAUGACCGAGCGGGAGGUCUUUAUGGGAGAAUCUUGACGGAGGUUACCAGUACAGACCGAACACCGUGAGGUCUGUACCAGCGACCGAGGUCAAGAUUCUCCCAUACAGACCGACCUAGCUCGUUAAGAAGAUGUUUAUUAUAUGGCCAAACAAGAAAGCAAAGGAACAAAAACAUAAAUAAUUUUAUUUGCUUCCCUGCGCGGGCUCAAGCAUUUAGCUGGCUUUCUUCUGUCACUGGUCUCCAGUCCAAACGGAACAAAAAUAGCUGUUUAAAGUCCAGCUUUGUACAAACUUUGUACAAACAAGCCAAUCUUUUCACAUUCUUUGUUUGUAACUUUUUGAGGAGAACUGUUACAACAAGAUCGGUUUAGAUGCCGGUGUGGAUGGGAAAAACUAAACCGCGGUCAAGAUCGAAUUCUUGAGUUUGUUUGUUUCCAGUCCUUUUGAGACAUGCCCAUAUAAUAAUAAGUGAUACAGUGCAGUCCUAAUUUGUUUAUGCAAGAAGUAAAAUAUAAUUUGCAAGCCAUUUCCUGACCAAUAUACUGAUUAUAUCUAAAGCUUUCCUGGCAACGCAGUCUUGUGAGCUUUAAUUUUGAUAAAAAAUUUGGUUUUCAGACUGUGUGAGUAACCUGCAGCUUAACCUUGGGUUCCAUGCUGUGUGGGUAAACUGUGACUGACGUAAUUGUUUUCAUUAUACUGUACUUUCCUUUCAGGCUGUGUUAAUGCCACCUCAUGUACAGAGUGUAUGAAGCGGAAGCAAACAACAGAAUUUGACUGUCAGUGGUGCCCGCAGACUAAAAGGUAGAAAUUGUCUUUGGAAAGCUAAAAUUGUUAAGUCAGAGCCGACUAAAAAGAUGUUUCACCUGAAGAGAAUACAGUCCCAGAGAUUGACCGUGCAGACCAUUUUUGUUUUAUCGUGCAUGGAUGUGUCACUUCUCAAAACUAUAGAAGAGUAAAGAAAUGGAUAGCAAGUAUUUACUGGCAGCAGCAGGCAUGUGCUGCAAGAGCAUGACUGUCACGUAAACUUGGGUCAUGGCCAUGUAUCCCUUGGAAAACUGCUUUUUGGCGGGAAACUGGCCCGGUUCAGAGGCUGUACUUCACAUCAGCCGAAUCGAUUCAGACCCUGAUUUUUAUUUUCAACGAACAACGGGGAAAAACGUGCAUUUUGGUAAACUACAUUACAAGAAUUUAUGUUUGGCUCAUGUGAAUUUCGGCGAAUGAAUCAACGCCGGUCCACAGCUCUUUUAGUUCAAUCCGAUUUGGCUCACAUGAUUUCCUUUUAAUAUAACAAACAUGAUCUAAGACUGCUAAACAGUCUGUCAGUCAAACUAAUUUCUAUUGGUGGUUUAAGAUAACAUUGUUAAUUACAAUGGUCACUCUUAAGCUUAACCCUUUAAUAGUUCAGUGUAGAUGGUCACGUUCUUACAAUAAUCUUGCAAUAUUUUGAAGGUGCUCUGAUAAAACAGAUCGUAAUCGUGCAGAAUGGGACCUCAAUGGGUGCAGUCAAAAUGCCGUCAAUCAGGUAUUACUUACUAGUUAAAACAUGUUACACUGCCACCAAAAUGCCGACAAACAGAUUAAGAUAUUACAACUGUUACGAGUUAGACCAUUUUAAACUGCGACCUAAAUGCUGUCAAACAGUUUUUCCUGCUACCGUCAUUUAGCUCCGUUUUCCUUGUGACAAGUUUUAUACCUUCCUCUGGAAGCUUAACCUGUAUUAGGCGGACAUCUACAAAACCCUCCUUGUAAAGUUUUGUAUUUUGUUUGUCCAUUCCGUUUUGUGCGUUUGUAUGUCGUCUUAAUAGAUGUGUUUUCUUAAAUUACAUGUACACGUUGCUUUUUGGUUUAUCGGAGGGACUUGUACAAAGUCGUUUGCCCUUACAUACAGAAUGAGCACUGAAGACAGGUUUCACUAUACGUAACGAGCCCGAAGGCCACAUGGCAAACAGCCUGUACAUACUUGCGGGACUCGAAAAACUUCCGACCGUUAGUCCGGCAAGAGUAGAUUUUCGUGCUGGGCAGGUAACUUUUAAAGCUCCUCACCUUCCAAGUGGGCAAAAAUCGAGGCAGGUUAUCCUUCCGCAACUAAAUCAUUCACUGAAACAAUCAAGACUAACAGGCCCCAGGCAUCUUAGCAAAAUGCCGCCGGGAGAGUUGGCUGCUUAAAGACCUUAAAGGACGUGCUGUAAGUCACGUUUUUUUCUUUAAUAUGGCCCUUUCCUCGAGUAUAAUUUGUGUACUGUUGUUUUCAUUUGUUUUUUGAUAUCAGCCGUCAGAUGAGAGAUGCGUGGCAGGUACCGAACGGUACGGUACGUUUCAGGCUGUAUUAAUAACCGAGCAGGAGGUCUUUAUGGGAGAAUCUUGACGGAGGUUACCAGUACAGACCGAACACCGUGAGGUCUGUACCAGCGACCGAGGUCAAGAUUCUCCCAUACAGACCGACCUAGCUCGUUAAGAAGAUGUUUAUUAUAUGGCCAAACAAGAAAGCAAAGGAACAAAAACAUGAAUAAUUUUAUUUGCUUCCCUGCGCAGGCUCAAGCAUUUAGCUGGCUUUCUUCUGUCACUGGUCUCCAGUCCAAACGGAAAAAAAAUAACUGUUUAAAGUCCAGCUUUGUACAAACUUUGUACAAACAAGCCAAUCUUUUCAUAUUCUUUGUUUGUAACUUUUUGAGGAGAACUGUUACAACAAGAUCGGUUUAGAUGCCGGUCUGGAUGGGAAAAACUAAACCGCGGUCAAGAUCGAAUUCUUGAGUUUGUUUGUUUCCAGUCCUUUUGAGACAUGCCCAUAUAAUAAUAAGUGAUACAGUGCAGUCCUAAUUUGUUUAUGCAAGAAGUAAAAUAUAAUUUGCAAGCCAUUUCCUGACCAAUAUACUGAUUAUAUCUAAAGCUUUCCUGGCAACGCAGUCUUGUGAGCUUUAAUUUUGAUAAAAAAUUUGGUUUUCAGACUGUGUGAGUAACCUGCAGCUUAACCUUGGGUUCCAUGCUGUGUGGGUAAACUGUGACUGACGUAAUUGUUUUCAUUAUACUGUACUUUCCUUUCAGGCUGUGUUAAUGCCACCUCAUGUACAGAGUGUAUGAAGCGGAAGCAAACAACAGAAUUUGACUGUCAGUGGUGCCCGCAGAUUAAAAGGUAGAAAUUGUCUUUGGAAAGCUAAAAUUGUUAAGUCAGAGCCGACUAAAAAGAUGUUUCACCUGAAGAGAAUACAGUCCCAGAGAUUGACCGUGCAGACCAUUUUUGUUUUUUAUCGUGCAUGGAUGUGUCACUUCUCAAAACUAUAGAAGAGUAAAGAAAUGGAUAGCAAGUAUUUACUGGCAGCAGCAUGCAUGUGCUGCAAGAGCAUGACUGUCACGUAAACUUGGGUCAUGGCCAUGUAUCCCUUGGAAAACUGCUUUUUGGCGGGAAACUGGCUCGGUUCAGAGGCUGUACUUAACAUCAGCCGAAUCGAUUCAGACGCCGAUCAACGCCGAUCUUUAUUUUCAACGAACAACGGUGAAAAACGUGCAUUUUUUGGUAAACUACAUUACAAGAAUUUAUGUUUGGCUCAUGUGAAUUUCGGCGAAUGAAUAAACGCCGGUCCACAGCUCUUUUAGUUGAAUCCGAUUUGGCUGACACGAUGCACGUCGUCUGAACCAGGACUAAGAUCACCUGGACCAUAGUACCGUUCACUAUUUUCUUUUAAUAUAACAAACAUGAUCUAAGACUGCUAAACAGUCUGUCAGUCAAACUAAUUUCUAUUGGUGGUUUAAGAUAACAUUGUUAAUUACAAUGGUCACUGUUAAGCUUAACCCUUUAAUAGUUCAGUGUAGAUGGUCACGUUCUUACAAUAAUCUUGCAAUAUUUUGAAGGUGCUCUGAUAAAACAGAUCGUAAUCGUACAGAAUGGGACCUCAAUGGGUGCAGUCAAAAUGCCGUCAAUCAGGUAUUACUUACUAGUUAAAACAUGUUACACUGCCACCAAAAUGCCGACAAACAGAUUAAGAUAUUACAACUGUUACGAGUUAAACCAUUUUAAACUGCGACCUCAAUGCUGUCAAACAGUUUUUCCUGCUACCGUCAUUUAGCUCCGUUUUCCUUGUGACAAGUUUUAUACGUUCCUCUGGAAGCUUAACCUGUAUUAGGCGGACAUCUACAAAACCCUCCUUGUAAAGUUUUGUAUUUUGUUUGUCCAUUCUGGUUUGUGCGUUUGUAUGUGGUCUUAAUAGAUGUGUUUUCUUAAAUUACAUGUACACGUUGCUUUUUGGUUUAUCGGAGGGACUUGUACAAAGUCGUUUGCCCUUAAAUACAGAAUGAGCACUGAAGAAAGGUUUCACUAUACGUAACGAGCCCGAAGGCCACGUGGCAAACAGCCUGUACAUACUUGCGGGACUCGAAAAACUUCCGACCGUUAGUCCGGCAAGAGUAGAUUUUCGUGCUGGGCAGGUAACUUUUAAAGCUCCUCACCUUCCAAGUGGGCAAAAAUCGAGGCAGGUUAUCCUUCCGCAACUAAAUCAUUCACUGAAACAAUCAAGACUAACAGGCCCCGGGCAUCUUAGCAAAACGCCGCCGGGAGAGUUGGCUGCUUAAAGACCUUAAAGGACGUGCUGUAAGUCAAGUUUUUUUCUUUAGUAUGGCCCUUUCCUCGAGUAUAAUUUGUGUACUGUUGUUUUCAUUUGUUUUUUGAUAUCAGCCGUCAGAUGAGAGAUGCGUGGCAGGUACGGAACGGCACGGUACGUUUCAGGCUGUAUUAAUAGCCGAGCAGGAGGUCUUUAUGGGAGAAUCUUGACCAAGGUUGCCAGUACAGAACGAACACAGUGAGGUCUGUACCAGCGACCGAGGUCAAGAUUCUCCCAUACAGACCGACCUAGCUCGUUAAGAAGAUGUUUAUUAUAUGGCCAAACAAGAAAGCAAAGGAACAAAACAUUAAUAAUUUUAUUUGCUUCCCUGCGCGGGCUCAAGCAUUUAGCUGGCUUUCUUCUGUCACUGGUCUCCAGUCCAAACGGAAAAAAAAUAACUGUUUAAAGUCCAGCUUUGUACAAACUUUGUACAAACAAGCCAAUCUUUUCACAUUCUUUGUUUGUAACUUUUUGAGGAGAACUGUUACAACAAGAUCGGUUAAGAUGCCGGUCUGGAUGGGAAAAACUAAACCGCGGUCAAGAUCGAAUUCUUGAGUUUGUUUGUUUCCAGUCCUUUUGAGACAUGCCCAUAUAAUAAUAAGUGAUACAGUGCAGUCCUAAUUUGUUUAUGCAAGAAGUAAAAUAUAAUUUGUAAGCCAUUUCCUGACCAAUAUACUGAUUAUAUCUAAAGCUUUCCUGGCAACGCAGUCUUGUGAGCUUUAAUUUUGAUAAAAAAUUUGGUUUUCAGACUGUGUGAGUAACCUGCAGCUUAACCUUGGGUUCCAUGCUGUGUGGGUAAACUGUGACUGACGUAAUUGUUUUCAUUAUACUGUACUUUCCUUUCAGGCUGUGUUAAUGCCACCUCAUGUACAGAGUGUAUGAAGCGGAAGCAAACAACAGAAUUUGACUGUCAGUGGUGCCCGCAGAUUAAAAGGUAGAAAUUGUCUUUGGAAAGCUAAAAUUGUUAAGUCAGAGCCGACUAAAAAGAUGUUUCACCUGAAGAGAAUACAGUCCCAGAGAUUGACCGUGCAGACCAUUUUUGUUUUAUCGUGCAUGGAUGUGUCACUUCUCAAAACUAUAGAAGAGUAAAGAAAUGGAUAGCAAGUAUUUACUGGCAGCAGCAGGCAUGUGCCGCAAGAGCAUGACUGUCACGUAAACUUGGGUCAUGGCCAUGUAUCCCUUGGAAAACUGCUUUUUGGCGGGAAACUGGCCCGGUUCAGAGGCUGUACUUCACAUCUGCCGAAUCGAUUCAGACGCCGAUCAACGCCGAUCUUUAUUUUCAACGAACAACGGGGAAAAACGUGCAUUUUUGGUAAACUACAUUACACGAAUUUAUGUUUGGCUCAUGUGAAUUUCGGCGAAUGAAUCAACGCCGGUCCACAGCUCUUUUAGUUGAAUCCGAUUUGGGUGACACGAUGCACGUCGUCUGAACCAGGACUAAGAUCACCUGGACCAUAGUACCGUUCACUAUUUUCUUUUAAUAUAACAAACAUGAUCUAAGACUGCUAAACAGUCUGUCAGUCAAACUAAUUUCUAUUGGUGGUUUAAGAUAACAUUGUUAAUUACAAUGGUCACUGUUAAGCUUAACCCUUUAAUAGUCCAGUGUAGAUGGUCACGUUCUUACAAUAAUCUUGCAAUAUUUUGAAGGUGCUCUGAUAAAACAGAUCGUAAUCGUACAGAAUGGGACCUCAAUGGGUGCAGUCAAAAUGCCGUCAAUCAGGUAUUACUUACUAGUUAAAACAUGUUACACUGCCACCAAAAUGCCGACAAACAGAUUAAGAUAUUACAACUGUUACGAGUUAAACCAUUUUAAACUGCGACCUCAAUGCUGUCAAACAGUUUUUCCUGCUACCGUCAUUUAGCUCCGUUUUCCUUGUGACAAGUUUUAUACGUUCCUCUGGAAGCUUAACCUGUAUUAGGCGGACAUCUACAAAACCCUCCUUGUAAAGUUUUGUAUUUUGUUUGUCCAUUCUGGUUUGUGCGUUUGUAUGUGGUCUUAAUAGAUGUGUUUUCUUAAAUUACAUGUACACGAUGGUUUUUGGUUUAUCGGAGGGACUUGUACAAAGUCGUUUGCCCUUAAAUACAGAAUGAGCACUGAAGAAAGGUUUCACUAUACGUAACGAGCCCGAAGGCCACAUGGCAAACAGCCUGUACAUACUUGCGGGACUCGAAAAACUUCCGACCGUUAGUCCGGCAAGAGUAGAUUUUCGUGCUAGCCAGGUAACUUUUAAAGCUCCUCACCUUCCAAGUGGGCAAAAAUCCAGGCAGGUUAUCCUUCCGCAACUAAAUCAUUCACUGAAACAAUCAAGACUAACAGGCCCCGGGCAACUUAGCAAAAUGCCGCCGGGAGAGUUGGCCGCUUAAAGACCUUAAAGGACGUGCUGUAAGUCAAGUUUUUUUCAUUAAUAUGGCCCUUUCCUCGAGUAUAAUUUGUGUACUGUUGUUUUCAUUUCUUUUUUGAUAUCAGCCAUCAGAUGAGAGAUGCGUGGCAGGUACGGAACAAGAAAAGCAACAGCAAAAAUCCAAGGGAGGUCUAGGAGCAAAAACACCCAAGGGAGGUGUAGGAGCUGGGGCCAUUGUUGGCAUCUGUAUUGUGCUAUUGUUGAUCAUUGGUAUGGCAGCGUGGUGUGUGUAUGCUUACCGCAAUCCAACCACGAAAUCAGGACUCUUCCUUAUUGAUGUAAGUGCCUCACGGCUGUUUGGUAUCUGGUACGUAGUCAAUUUUGACCUGAACCACAGCUCUGGAUUGAGUCAGUUUUGUUUGUUCUCUUAUUUUAUCUUAGUGUGUAUUCAUUUGUUGUAAUCAUAAUCUUUCGUCUACUCUCUAAGAUAUACAUGCAGGUAUAAUUAUAUCUUGUGUUACAUAUUGCUUGUGAUAGUUACCAACAAUAGCAACUGAACAAUAAUGUGUUAUUUCAGGCUACUCGGCGUCCAAGGGAGCUGUUCCACCGCAGUGCUGAUGGAGCCAGUAAAGCAGCUCCUUCUGAUGUUAAGCCGCAGGUGCUGUGAGGGAGGGAGCGGGGACGGACAUACCUUCAGCCAAAAAUAACUUUGAUAAUACAACGAUUAGCAACCUAAUAACGUAGCUUUCGGAAAGUGUUUUUUGUUUUGUUGUAGGUCUGUGCUCUUUAUUCUUCUUCCGAGCCUCAGCCUUUAUUUGUUUCAUUUAGUUCCGCUUUGUUUCUCAGGCCAAAUAAAUUAUUGUAAUCCUAGUUGCUAAGCAUGAAUUCAAAUGUUGUGUAGCGAGGGGUUCCCCUUUUCGUGAUAUAAAACCUGGCAAACUAUCGCAGCUCUUCAUCGCAAAAAUAGAUCAAUGAAGAAGAAAAUGAAGUUAUCGUAGUUCAAGCCUCCAUGUAUUACGUAUUUACCAUUUACAAUUUCGACUGCUACUGCAGCUUAAAGAGUGUUUUCACAUGACGUAAUGGCGGCCAUACUGGUGUCCCAAAACAAUGAAACGGCGGCCGCGUUGGUGUCCCAAACUAAUCCUCUGGGAGUUGUACUCUUUUCGUAUGCAAACGCUUUCUUUUCCAAUAAAUUUGUAUAGAUGCUGGCCACGUGAGUGAAAACACUAUAUAGAAAUAUUAACACAUCAAGCUAAAGAAUUUUUGUCUUUUUUCUUUUGAUUUGCGGGCGGAUGUGGCUUCAUUUUCCUGAGCUGCUAGUAUUUGCUUUGCUUUUACAACUGUAGUCGUUGUAGUAGUCGAACUUAAGUGUUCAAAACAACAGUAACAAAAUUUUAAAGUGCUAAAAGGUAUGACGACAUUAACAAAGUUCAGCUUUAUCACAUGUGUUUUGCUGGAUGAUGACAGCAAGAGCCAGUCCUAUAGACCUAGUCUAUUUACGUUAAAAACCUUAACGUUAAAGAAGCGAAAGUACAGCUGAAAGUAAGCCUCUGCUAAGU